AUGCCUCCCGCGAAAAGAAUCAAAAGCAGCGCGGAUUCCCGGCCCAACGCUGGGGCGUCGGGGCGGCCAACUCUUGAAGAUCUGGAAGGAGAAAACCAGUUUACGAACCUUGCGCGUCAACACUGGCUCAACGUCCCUCAACAAGCCGCCAAGAUUAAGGUUAAGACUGAUGUGCUUAAGAGGGAAUUAUACCUGUGGCCAGGCUACGGCGAGGAUUCAUCAAACUACCAUGUUCUUUUGAUCAUCUUGAUCGUUAAUGCAAAGAGGCGGGAGCGCGUCAGCACAUGGGACAUAUUUGCCGACCGACCCGCUGAUUUUUCAGAUCUCUUCCGCCGCGCGCUAUCCAUGACGCUUGAUAGUUCUCUCUCCUGGACAAUCCGGACCCAUGUGCUCCUCUUCAUCAUUCACGCUUUCCAGAGUCUGGACUACGCUAUUGUCCGGAAGGAGUGUGCCCCUCUAGUCUCCAUUUCGAUCUGGCACAACUUGUCGACCGAGGAGAAGCGGGAGGCCUUGUUAGACUCGAAUCCUCAUCUAAGGAAGGCCUGGAGGGCUGCCACAAAACGCUUUGAAUCAGCAGAUGAUGCCACAAAAGCGCGAUUGCGCUUCGACAGGGCUUGGCUAUACAGCUUGGUCCUGGACUUCUUGACCCUGCUCUACUCUGGCAAUGCCAAACAAGAACAUGUUCUAUACUGCGAACGCUUUGUGGAGUUUCUGACAGACCUGCAAAGUCAGCUUCCGACAAGGCGGUAUGUCAAUACUCUGCUCCAGGACCUGCACGUUCUCCCAGCCCUCAGCCUCUCCCCUAUCUAUAAUGAUGAGGGAAACGGGCUGCUGCGAGAACUGUGCAAUCUUUUCACCCACUACACCUACUUUGCUGUGGAUGACCAGAGCGGUGUUCAGCUGAGCCGGGAGCAGGCCUAUGAUCGGCACUGCGCCAUUCUGGCGAAGCUACAGCGGAUAGCCAUGAAACACUUCAAGGAGAAACUGACAGUGCUGGCACUGUCGAACUAUGGCUCGAUUGACAAGCGAUCUGAACUGGAGCCACUCCUUCAAGCAUUGACGGAUGAUGAGCUCGUGCAGCUUUCUAAUCUCAUGAAUAUUCGCACAUCCUAUCCGGACGCUGCCCGGAUACCUGUGGAUCGCAAGUUCAUAGUAGAGGUUUUGCUUACUACUUUUGAACGCCGAAAGACGUUCCAGGACGCAGCCCAGGCCUUGAGCGUCCUCCCCACGGAAGAGACGCUCUUCGACAUUAGUCUCAAAAGGACUGAUCAAUACGACGGAUCUCGUCCCCUUGCCCUCCCGAAGCUUAAUCUACAGUACUUAUCGGUCGGGGACUUUCUCUGGAGGUCUUUCGUGCUGUAUCGGUGCGAGUCGUUCUAUGCUAUUCGUCAAGAUCUCGAAGAUGCCUUGAUCAGGCUAAAGCCUGAGGUCAGGAGAGGUGGGGUGACUGGUUUCGCUGGUUUCUCCAAAAUGGCACUUCCUAUCUCCAAACCCGUCAUUCUUGACGUCAUGCCACCCCAGGUUGGCGAUGACAAGCCUUCCUGCGUCAAGGCCGAGGUGACCAUUGACUUGAGAAGACUGACGCCUCAAAUCCGCAGAGACUGGGAAUCUCUGCGCCCUGAUGACGUGGUUUUCCUCCUUGCUGUCGACGCCUCAAGGCAAAAGCAGUCCGCAAACGGAGGAGCCGUCCUGUCCGAAGCCGAGAGGCUAGGCUUGGUCCAUGUUCGCGCUGCCGAGAUAAUCCAGGUGCUCGAUGACAAGGGUAAGGCUAUUCGGGAUCCACAGGCAUAUUUUGAUGGCCACACGCGCAGCGAUAUCAGGAAAAUUCAACUGCGUUUAGACGCAACCUCGUAUAAAGCGGACACGGAAGCCAACCGAAAUGUUUACGAGGACAUCAACCUUAUCGUACGGCGGAGCAGCCGCGAGAACAACUUCAAGCCAGUACUCGAAUCAAUUCAGGACCUCACGCUCUCCGAGGUUCCCCUCGCCUCCUGGCUACAUGAAGUCUUCCUGGGCUAUGGUGACCCGGCCGGCGCUACAUUCAAGCAGCUGCCCAACCGGCUCAAGAAGAUUAAUUUCCGAGAUACGUUUCUUGACUGGCAGCAUCUCGUGGAAAGCUUUCCUGGAAAGAUCAUUGAGCCCAGCGACGACGUAUCCAGCAGCUUCGGACCUCCCUAUGUUCUUGAGAGUGUGGAAAAGCAAGUUGAAGAACACCCUUCCAAACCGUCUAAAAAAAGGCGGCGCGAUGUAGAGCCAGCCCUAAUGUCCAAAGUCGAAACUCUCAAGGUCUCAACUUACAAGCCCCCAAACAACGGACCUUAUCCUGUGGACGCCCCCAAGCUCAAUAAAAUCCGAUUCACGCCUACGCAAAUUGACGCCAUCUACUCCGGCACACAGCCUGGUUUGACAAUCAUCGUUGGUCCUCCGGGAACUGGCAAGACAGAUGUUGCCGUACAGAUCAUCAGCAACAUAUAUCACAACUUCCCGGAGCAAAAAACCCUCCUCGUUGCUCACAGCAACCAGGCUCUCAAUCAGCUCUUUGCCAAGAUCGUUGCGUUGGAUAUCGACGAACGCCACCUCCUCCGUCUCGGUCAUGGCGAGGAAGAAUUGGAAACUGAAGGAAGUUUCAGCAAACAUGGUCGAGUGGAAUCCUUCCUUGACAACCGGCAACGUUUCCUUUAUGAGGUUAGCCGCUUGGCCGCCAGUAUGGGUGCUCCAGGGGCCCAUGGCAACUCGGCAGAGACAGCUGGUUAUUUCAACAAGGUUUAUGUAGAGCCAGCAUGGGCAAAGUUCAACGACAUUAUCCAGCGAGAAGAUGUUGGUCCUGAGGAUAUUGUGCGAGCAUUCCCCUUCCACGCCUACUUUUCCGAUGCGCCCCAACCCCUGUUCCCCCCCGAAGCCGAUCGAGAGACGGUUUUGGAAAUCGCGAAUGGAUGCUACCGGCACAUCUCCAAGAUUUUCGAGGAGCUUGCAGAUGUACUGCCCUUUGAGAUCUUGCGGCGAGACAAAGACAAGGCCAAUUACCUGCUUACCAGCGAGGCUCGGAUCAUCGCCAUGACAUCCACUCACGCCGCGAUGAAGCGUGGUGAAAUCGCUUCAUUGGGUUUCCAGUACGACAACGUUAUCAUGGAAGAAGCCGCCCAGAUUACCGAGAUCGAGAACUUUAUUCCGCUUGCGCUUCAGAAGCCCAAGAACGGCCAGAUGGCAUUGCAGCGUGUUGUCUUGUGCGGCGACCACUACCAAAACUCUCCAGUUAUCCAGGGCCUGGCGUUCAGACACUACGCGAAUCUGGAGCAGUCGCUCUUCUCACGUCUUGUGCGUCUGGGAGUCCCAACUAUCAACCUCGAUCAGCAGGGCCGUGCUCGGCCUUCUAUCUCCAAUCUCUACCGUUGGAGAUACCCGCAACUUGGAGACCUGCCGCACACCCAGACCGAGCCCGAGUUCCUCACGGCCAAUGCUGGGUUCCGGUACGAUUACCAGUUCGUCAAUGUUCCAGACUACAGAGGCAUGGGCGAGUCGGAACCGACACCACACUUCAUCCAGAAUUUGGGUGAGGCCGAGUACGCUGUGGCCAUCUUUCAGUACAUGCGUCUGCUUGGGUAUCCAGCGUCCAAGAUCAGCAUCCUCGCAACAUACGCUGGCCAGAAGGCGCUCAUCAAAGAUGUGUUGGCGCACCGGUGCGCCAAAAACCCAAUCUUUGGCCUGCCUCGCGUCGUCACUACGGUGGACAAAUACCAGGGCGAGCAGAACGACUAUAUCAUCCUUUCGUUGACGCGCACCACUCGCGUUGGCUAUCUGCGUGACCUACGCCGGCUAACCGUCGCCCUCUCUCGUGCGCGCCUGGGUCUGUAUAUCCUGGGUCGGCGCGCCGUUUUCGAAUCCUGUUACGAGCUGCGCGACGCCUUUUCCCUGCUGUUGCGUCGGCCAGAUAAGUUGGCGUUAGUGACAGGUGAACUGUGGCCAUCGAAACGUCUGCUGGCCGACGAGACUGACGACACCAAGAAGCUCGAAGGCGAGGUCGUCAUGGAGGGCGUGGAGCAUCUGGGUCAGUGGGUGUUUGAGAUGACCAAGACGAAGAUCGCUGAGCUCAGGAAGGAGAAGGGUCUGUCUGAAGAGGUGCCUGUUGAGAUGCCAAAAGAGGUAGUAAGCGCCGAAGCGGAUGAGGGAUAUCUCCCGCUAGAUGAAGAGGAGGGCGACGGAGAAGAAGGCGAAGGCGAAAGGGUGAAAGGGUUUGAGAUUGAGGACUCAUAA